UAAAAGUUCAAAAUGUAAAAGUAUUACAGUAAAAGUCGAAAGUCAGUAAGUGAAAAAGUGGUUAAAGUUGUUAAGUAAAUCUAAUUUCGGUCGCGAAAAGUGCGCAAAAGUCCGCAAAAAUUCAAGAAUAUCAAAAAAUUAACUUUCUGAUGUGUGUGCGUCUGUGUGUGUGCGUGUCCUUAACUGUUUGUGUGUGAGAGGGAGGGAGCGCGUUUAUAAAUUUUUCCAAUUGCUCACUCUCUCUCGCUCUCUGUUGUCUCUCUCGUUCGCGUCACAAAAAUUGAUCAAAAAUAAAAUACAAUAAAAAAAGGCAGUAGCACACACACAAUAUAAUCAAUAAAUUAAAAAGAUAAAUGCUAAUAAAAGAAAUGAAGAAACGCCUGGGAACGAGUUGCCCGCACCGGCAUAAGGCGAACCCAUGGUCCUCGAUAUGGAAUCGGACGAUUCUCGUGCCAGUUCCCCGUCCAACUCUUCGGAGUCGCGUUCGAGUUCGCCCACCAACGACAAGGAGGAGGAGAUUGCUCCCGAUCCGGUUGAGGAUCAGGCAGACGAAUCGGCUGGCGGUGGUGGAGGAGCCACUCUGGAACGAUCUGUUCGGGCCGCGUCCACCAGCAGCUCAUCGUCGAACUCCAGCUCCAGUUCGAGUCGCAGUGAGCUGUCCAAGAAGCAAAAGAAGAGCUCGAGCAGCAGCAGCGGCAGUGGCAGUGGCAGCAGCUCCUCCAGCGGGUCCUCCAGCGAGGAUGAGGUCGACCAGGAGCCGGAACUGGAGCAGGAGCCACUUUCCGAGCAACAGAGGCAGCGACAUGCUGUGCCUGAACCGGAACCUGAAUCCUUAGCGGCGGCGACUGCGGAAGAAGUGCAGCAGCCUGGCUCUCCAAGCGCGAAAUCGCAGCCCAGUUCGUUCCUUUCCUCCGUUCGCAGCAGGAGCAACAGUCCCCAGCUGUACAACCAGGCUGCCGUGGAUCUGAAUAUCAGCCACGAGGAUCUGAGCGAUGUUAGCGACAUCGAGGCGGACGAGAAGCGAGCACCGUCCAAGAAUUCGCUGCAUCCGGCGGACGAGGACGAGGAUGGCGCCAUCUCCAACGACUCACUGCCCGCUAUGGGCGAGGAGGACGCAGUGCAGCAGAAUGGCAAGGCGGCCAGCGGGGAUGAGGAGAAGGCAUCCGCCAAAGAGACCAAACCCGACGAAGCCUCCAAUGGGCGAGCGCCUGCGUCCGCUUUGGAGGAGGACCUGGUUAAGACGCACGACGACGACGCCUUGGACUUUGAGGCGGAGGAGGGCGAGUGUCCGGAGCCGGUAAAGGAGCCACCGUCGGAGAGCAAAGCCAACGAAACAAACCAGGCCAAGGGCCCCACCAAGGGACCGGAGGACAACGAUGACGAUGAUGACGGCGAGGUAGACGGCGAUGAGGACGACACCGAUGACAAGGACAAGCGCAAGGAUACCGCAGGCAAUGGCAGCCUGGAAGAGGGCGAAGACGACAAGGAGAAGGAGGCGGCGGCGUUGGCCACGCUCAAGCGCAAGAAGGAGGAGGAGGAGCUGGAGGAGGGCGAAGUGUCCGACGAGGACGAAAAGCGGCCGGAGGAGACUGAACCAAAGCCGGUAUGUCGCUUCUACACGCGCGGCCAGUGCACCUGGGGCAUGAGCUGUCGCUUCCUGCAUCCCGGCGUCACGGACAAAGGCAACUACACCAUGUUCGAGAGCCUAGUGCGAUCGGUUCCGAUGCAGGGCGGUUCGGCCGCAGCCGGAGCGGCCAGCGCUGGAUCCUCGGCCGCUGCCGCUCGCGCCGGAUCGGCUGCUUAUGGAGCGCACUCCUCGUCGACGGCCGACUUUCACGACUAUCGGAACGAGCGGCCACCGCUUCACCAUCGGCCGGCGCUCCUCCAUGCGCCCAGUAUUUACGGUGCCCAUGUGCACGACAGCCGCACCCUGCUGCCCGAAGCGCCGGUGGUGGUGGAGAAUGCCUGGGAACGCGGCCUGCGGACUGCCAAGGAGAUGAUGCGAAAGGCCAACAAGCGGAAGGAGCAGGACAUGGACUUUGAGGACAAGAAGAUGAACCUAACACUGUCGCCCGAUGAAAUGGAGAAGGAUUCGUACUACCUCAAGGACCGUGGCGGCAGCAGCGCCCGGUCACCGCCCCCGCAAUCGGGCUCGGUGCGCGAGCAGCCACUCAAUCCGCUCAUGCCACUCUCAAUGCAUCCGCAUGCCGUUGCCCACAGCAAUCCACGUGCCCUCCUGCCCCUGCAGUACUCCGUUUACGGUCCGCCACCGGAUCGCUACGCUCGCGGGCAGUAUAUGCCGCCGCAGUACGAGGAUGUCGACGCGUACGGCCGGAUGGCAAGAUAUCGUGAGCUGCCGCCCCAUCGGAUGCCGCACUACGAGGACGACCGGCGAUUGAGGCCGGCGCGUGAGGUCAUUGUGCAGCGGGUGGAGGCCGCCGGACGGGGCGAUGAGUGGAGCGAUCCCUGGAUGAGAUCCAAGUCGAUGGGUCGCGGCGGAUCCUACGAUCGCGAAGAUCGCCGCCGGCGGGACAGACGCAGCUACAGCAGCAACUCGUCGUACUCCACCUCGAACAGCUCGCAAAGUGACUCCAGUUCGGAUUCGUCGCGAUCAAGCAGUCCGUCGGACCAUAAGCGACGGUACGGCGGCAGUUCCCACAAGUUGGCCGGAGCCUCCGCCUCCGCGCGUCGGCAUGGCGGUCGGGCAGCUCGCUCGCCCAGCCAGAUCCCGCGUCGCCCCAGGCACUCUUCCAAAGGUAGCCUUUCACCUUCGUACAAGCGACCCGCUUUGGACAAGCGCGGUGCUGGCCACAGUCCCGCCUCCAAGCGAAAGAAGCUCUCGUCGCCGGCACCCAAAAAGUUCGACAAGCUGAGGCGCCGGCGCAGCUCCAGCACAUCUGACUCAGACUCAUCGGAUACCUCGUACUCCGAAUCGGAAUCAGGCUCCUCGUCGUCGGACAGCUCAUCGGGAUCCAGGGACACGCCACAGAAGCGAGUCAGAGCCACUGACAAGGCGCUCAACGAGCGAAAGCUUAUCAAGAAGCCCGCUGAACAAGCAACCAAGAAGCGUUCGCCCAUUUCCAUUGAGAUUAAGAAAACGUCGAACAUGGUGGGAGUUUCGGCGCUGGCCUCACCCAACAACUCAGCCGACUCCGACAAGGAGAAGGAACACGGCAACGGCAAGGAUAAGGAGAAGGAACACAGCAAGGAUAAAGACAAGGAGGGCAAGGAUAAGGACAAGGACAAAGACGGUGGCAAGGAUAAGGAUGGCAAGAAGUCGCGUCGCGAGGAACUGCUGAAGCAACUGCGCGCCGUCGAGGAUGCGAUCGCCAAGAAGCGCUCCAAGCUUAACUGAUCCGGCUGGCUCCUGUCCCUCCUUGUCAUCAUCCUCCUCAUCCACAGUCUCGUAUCCCUUCCACCCAAAAGCAUCCGCAAGCUAUACCCACCCAAACUCGCAUCCCCUUCCUACAGCCGGCGGAUAUUCGAUCGGCAUCAAUCAAUACUUAGUGGUUACGCAACAUUCGCAUCGUAUUCGAUAUUGCCCUGGCCUGUCGCGACCGACCCGAUUGCAAUAUACAAUUCAGUGCAUUUAGGUUUAACAAUCAUUAUGUCCUUCUUUUUCCUCCUUGACUACCGCCAACGAUGGAGCAUUAAAUACUAUGUUUAUAAUAGAUUAUAAAUAAAAGCCAACACUUAUGAUGAAGAAA